AUGAAGAAAGUGGCCAAAUUGAACACAUGCGCCUAUGUCUACGAGAAACUGUUCGUACAGGUUAGGAGGCUUCCCAGUGUAAAUGGUGGAAAAUGACGUUCAUAGUUUCAGGGAGAAGAAUCGGACAUAACGAUUGUGGCAUGCGGGAAAGAAUGGAAGGUUCACAAGCUCUAUCUGAAGCAGGCCAAGUUUUUCGAAGUGAGUUCCCAAGUUUACUUUCAAAAUCGAUUCAAAACUUGCAGUCAAUGUUCGAUCGCGAAUGGGCGGAAUCAAAAAGCGGCAGAGUUAAACUGAAAAUAACUGACUCGAACAUUAACGCAGAGGGACUGAAUGCCGUCCUCGGGAGUCUUUAUCACAACGAAAUAGAGAUAGAUCUGGAGAAAAUCGAGGGGACCGUCGCCGCCGCUUCAUAUCUUAUGCUCGAAAGUGUCACGGAUCGGUGCGCGGAAAUGAUGAUUGACGCUUUGAGUACGGACAACGCGAUCCGAUAUUAUGAGCUUUCUACCAAUUACGGAUUAGACAGUGUUCGUGAGCAGUCUAUGCAGCUGCUGCUCCACAAUUUCUGGAAGAUUAUGACCGAUAAAAACAAGCUUCGCGAGAUCGACCAUCAGAUGCUCACGAAGUUACUCACUUCACCAGAUGUUCUUAUCACUGAAGGCGAAUUCGAUCUCUAUAAAAUUGUGAAACUGGUAAGUGUUUUUACGUACUGGACAUUUAAGAAAUCUUGAUUUUAGUGGAUCUUCAUGCGAGAAUGCCCAGACUGUGAUACCGAUGAGCAACACGAGGUUUUCGCGCACAAUUUAAAACAGUUCUACAAAAAUGCUGAACCGAACUCGAUAUUUUUGAAAUACGUUGAAAUAUUUUCGUGUCUCCGGAUAGAAAAUUUUCUCACUUGUUCCGAAACUAUAAAAGCAGUCAAAUCGGAUCGCUUGAUUCCAACUCAGAUCAUCGACGAAAUGACUUCAUCGCUGUGGUCAGCGCUUCUCGAAAACGAGGAAUCUCCAAAGUGAGAAACAUAUUUGUGCAAUUUUCUAAUUGAUGUUUAAGGGCACUGGAAGUUGACGAUGACGAGUUCUUCAACAAGUGCAUCCGGUUGGGAAGGACGCUCGAUACGUACCCGGUAUUAAUCAGAUUGUUCAGCGAUUCACAUAAUCAGCUUUAUUUCAGAAGUGCUGGCGUUGGAUAGGCUUCAAUUUCGGAGUGGAUCUUCUUCUGCACGUCAACGAAUACACUUUGUGUAUCAAGAGGAAUUGUCUCAACCAAAAGGCUCCGUACUCGGUGAAUCUGCGCUCGAAGCAUGUUCUGCACUACAGGCAAUUGUGCUAGUCUUGAUUUAAUUGAAAAGUAACUGUUCAGGAUUGUGAUUUGUGAUUCCACCGGCACUAUCAUAUUCGACAGCGGAAAGACGACGUGGGAGAUGCGACCGGAUGAAGUGAAGACGAUUUACCGUCUGCCGGAGGACUCGACUAUUCCGCUUUCAGUCCACUUUCAAUAUCUCAUUCACUCUCCGGUCAGCAGUUCCCAGUUUGUACAGAAGUUCCUUGAGGAGCAAGUGAAGUCGGAAUAA